CUUCUAUCACCCCCACUUGCCUUGUACGAAGCAGUCCAGGCACACCCAGGCGCGUUCAGUCUCCCUGAGGAUUCUCAGGACCUUCACCCGAACCUUGAGGACAAAGAUGCAUCGGGGUCCGCGCCAAGUGCGCCUACCAUCCGCAUGCCCGUAUCAAACUGCGACCUGCACCCUGAUUACUCCCUGUCAUCUCAAAACCUUGAUGGCGGACUACCUGGCACACCGUACGUGAUCGACCCGCUGAUGCACCGUGGAUAUCAAGCUGCUGUGUCACGCAAGAGCGGGGGAUCCAACGGAAGCGUGAAGUCCUUUGGCAGCCUAGCAUCUGCAGGGCGGGCAUCAUAUCGACAGCAUACGGGGCCAAAACCUCACAGUCGGUCACCCAGCAUCCGCAAUUCCCAUUCUAUGGUUCAAUCUGCCGCAGUACCGGGACCGCACGUAGCAACACAGACCGAGGCAACGUUAGUUGAAAGCGGCGCCCAACGUUCAAGCCAUUCUUUCCAUGCUGUUGCUAUGGAACCACAUCCUACUGUAGAAAGUGAACAUCCACGAUUCGUGCAAAUGACGAGUGCAGAUGUCAAGCGGUACCAGCGCAACUGUUUCAAUAUAAGGAAGCCUACUAAGGGUAAUUACAAGAUAGAUGCGAUGCAGUACAAGUACCCACUUCAUGAUAAUAAUCUCCCGGCCGAGUGGAAAGCCCAUAGGCAUCCCGAAGGGGCUCUGUUCUACUUGCUUGAUCGGUCGAUCGCUGGCGGACGCCAGCGAACGUUCACCGAGGUUGAUGUAAAUGAUGAAGACAUCCGUGGUGAUGUGGAGUACUUUAGUAGUUUCCUUUGGGGCGAACUACGACACGAGGUGGGGGAGAGAAGUUUGCAAGACUCACUCAAUCUCGAUGAAGUACAAUUGGUGGUGGAGCCACGUUCUGACGAGAAUGGGGUUCUGUGUUGUUACUACUUUGUGGAUCCCACAAACCGGUCACUAUUUUGGCUGGAUGAGUGGGAAGCACAUGAUGUCUUUUCUGCCUGCAAGGGAGUUAAUACGCUUUCUCAUAAAGGACUAGCAAUUCAAGCUCACUACUGGGGACACUGGGAUCUAUACCCUACGCUAUGCAAGGUUACCGAGGAGUUGAAGCAGGAAGCAGUAGAUAUGAUUGUGCACGCUAUCUGUGACCAUCUCACUUCGAAUGUAUCACCGGCUCCUCUUAAUACCGGAGAACUGGAAAGCUUUCUUGGCUUCCUCACUUACGUGAAGCCCCAUGACCGAGGGCAUGGUGCAGUCGUUUUUGGCCGCAUCAUGAAGAUGUUCUACCUCAACUACUAUCUAAACUUUCACGGUGAACCAUGCGCUCGACUCAAUUUUGACCAGAGCGUCCAUGGUUGGAAAUAUCGUCCUUCGGUAAUAAUGACCGUCUGUACCCCACUGCUGUUCUUUUCGCCGAUGACCAGCAUUCGAAACCUUAAUUCAAUGUUUGUAGAUGGCAUUGUCAGCAGAGAAAAGUGGAAUGCAUUCAUAAAGCGGAUGAAUUCAUACUUGACAAACACUAAUCUUCUGGCAACGGUACUGCUGAGCGCGAACGUUGGGUUUUUAUCUAUCCACACAGUGGAUGAUGGUAACGGGACUACCUUGAGGCAGAUCUCUAGUUAUCUGUCCCUCAUGGCUAGCUGUUCAAGUAUCCUUGUCGGUUUAAUCUUGGUCCGUCACAACCGUACGGAAAGUCCCAACUUCGUAUUUGCUGCUGCCAAGUUCUUGGAUGCUCUGUGGCAUCCAGUACAUGGACUAGAGAUUUUGGCUAUUGCAUACAGCUUGCCACACGCAUUCUUACUUUGGGGCAUGAUACUUUUCUUUAUCGCCCUCUCUGCUGAAUGGUGGAACCCAGGUAAUCUCACGUCGUGGGUGAUCGUUGGUAUAGCGAUGUUGGUCACCUUAUUGCUCGUGGGUUGGUGCACGUGGACUUCUCGGGACAGAGUGGGCUAUUGGUGGUUCCAAGCGGAUCCGGCUCAGCCCUGUGCUGACGAUGAUCGCGAGGGUGAUCUGGGUAUGCAGGAGAUUUCGAGGGCAGACCAAGGCGGGUAAACGGCGAAGGGACGAGCCUCUGCUUAGUGCAAGCGGUCAAUUUCGAUCAGGGCUCUUUUCUUUUCACCUUUCUCUCUAGCAGGCCUGCGUUACGCUAGUCACGUAUUGACAUCAUGCAUAUAUAUUUGGUGCUCGCUAUACCUGACU